UGGAUUCUGGAUUUCGUCUCGUCGAUGUACCAUAAACAAAAAUGUCAGCGAUCCCGAUUUUUUUGUUUCUCGCUGCAUACCCCUCGUUAUACCUUAAUUAGAUCACACGAAUGAUAUAAAUUAAUGUUAGACGCUUUCUCUGGAGGUGUCGUUUGGGCUUUACGGCGUGCCUUUAUUAUUAAAUCGGCCAUAAUAAACGUGCGUUUAGUGUGCUUCGCGCCUGUCUACACCCGAUCUAUCUCAUUGUUUAUGUAUGGAGAGUAAACCUGGAAUUUUUGUAGCAUUCGUUUGUGAAGUUAAACGUUAAAUUAAUUUGGAGUAUUAUUAAACAUCGGUAGGGCCGGUUGUGACUAGAUAGUACCGCGAGCGUCUUAGACGCCAAGGUUCUAUAAGAUCUCUAUUUAUAAUAAUCACUCGAUCGUUUGCUGCAUAAUGACAUUCUUGUAAUGAAGUGCCAUUCCGUGAAUUUGUGGGACAUGUGCCAAUUAUUGCUCCCGUGACGGAAGGUUCGCGGACGGUUUUGUAUUUUCAAGUUGGCGAAGGCACGUAGGGGUAUGAUCAAGGAGAAGGAGAAGGGCGGUGGCGCCCGACUCAAAGACGAACCCAAUGAUCCGACGGAACCAGGUCAUGGGUCACGUCCGCCGUCAGCGUCGCUGCCGACGCCAGCGGCGUUAAAGAAGGACCCAGAUGAACCGACCCACAGGGUCAAGAUGGAACCCCACAGCCAGGGCGGGGGCGAAGACUCCGCGGGUGACCUCGGCGUGGACGGGAUCAAGACUGAAAUCGACGGCCUCAUGGACAGCGAUGGCGAUCCAACGAAAUCACCCCAGUGUGACCUUGGCGGUCCAGGAUCGAUGAAAUCUGAGAGACUUUCAUCAGACUCCAAUGAUAUUAUUGAUCCUCAAACAGGACUUAGAGGUUCUUCAGGAAAUUUACAGGAUGGCAAUCAAAACUGUCGCAAUCCGAACGGUCCCGACAUGGGGUCGUGUCGUAUGGGUAAUACAGGCCCCAUGGGGCCUGGGGUAUCAAUGGGACCCAUGUCAAGUGAGGCACAAACACUGCCAUCAAAUGUAAUAAGCAAACAGUCUGGUAGUAUGGAGCAGCAAAGUCAGAUCUUCGUGUUCUCAACGCUAUUGGCCAAUAAGGGAGCUGAGUCGGUUAUAUCUGGUCAGCACCACUCUAUUAUAGCGUAUCACUGUGCUCAGCCAGGGACUAAGAAAUAUUUGGAGAAACAUCCCCUUAAGAUGGGUCAGUUUAAUAAACAGAAUCCCGCGCAAUGGUUAAAUAAUCUUGCCAUGGCAAAAACUCGUGGCGGUAUGCGCGGUGGUCCGAACAUGAUGGGAGGCCCUAAUCAGAUGGGCCAUAUGAUGGGAGGUCCUAUAGGUCCCAAUAUGGGGCCGAUGGGGCAUAGCGGUAUGGGGCACAUGGGUCCGAACAUGAUGGGACCUAACCGUAUGGGCGGGCCCGGCAAUCAAAUGAUGAUGAUGAAAGGAGGGCCUGGACAAAUGGGACAAAUGGGUCCGGGUAUGGGACCCAUGGAUGGGUUUCCAGGGGGCACCCCGUCCUGUGGUGUCAUGGACGGCCUCGGUGCUGAUGGUGAAAUGCCCUGGGACACCAAAAACUCCUCCGUAAUGUCUAAUGGUAUGGCCAACGGACCCUCUCAGAUGCCGCCGUGUUCUGAAUCUGAAUCUGGGGACAAUCACUGCCAAUCGGGACAGAAAGUUUCCUCCGCAGGUGUUAAAAUACCAGACGAGAACCUCACGCCUCAGCAGAGGGCACACCGUGAGGAACAACUGGCUACUAUACGGAAAAUGCAACAAAUACUGUUCCCCGAGAGCGGCAGCAAUCACCAGUCCAACGACGGCAACCAACUACAGAACGACAUCAAUCCACCAAAUUCAACGGCCAACAUGAAUAUGCCGUUUCCACCGAUGUCUGCCCACGGGCCUAUGGGAUCGGGACCCAACGGACCUAUGGUGUCGAUGUCUAGUAGCAUGAAUAGCGGGCCUAGUUGUACCAUGUCUGGACCGAUGGGACCAAAUGGGCCGAUGGGACCUGGGCCUAUGGGGCCGGGCGGGCCGAUGGGUCCAAACGGUCCGAUGGGUCCAAACGGCCACAUGGGGAAUAUGGGCGGGCCGGGUAUGGGCAUGGGUGGACAUGGCUCUAUGGGCCCUAAUGGUAUGAUGGGUCCGAAUGGACCAAUGAUGCCGGGAAUGGGACCCAAUGGACCCAUGGGGCCGAUGGGACCUUGUGGCAUGAAAGGAAUAAGAGGAUCUUGCGGUGGACCGGAUAUGAAGUCAGGGAUGUGUACAGAUAUGCAUAUGGGUCGAGGUUGCGGCGGGCCGAUGGGAAAGCGUAUGCCAAACCCGAUGGGCGGUAUGGGCGGUCCAAAGCCAUGCAUGAUGGGUGGACCUCACAUGGGACCUAGGAUGAUGCAAGGACCUAAUCUUAAUACAAUGAACGGUGGUAUCAUGAUGGAGGGUGGUAUGAUGGGUGGUAUGGUCCAUGGGGACUGUGGCCCUGACCACCAUCUCAACAACGGACCAAUGUGUGAUGACUAUGGAGGGAGACGAAAUAUGGGUCCAAACGAUCCAGGCGGGAUGGGUCCAAAUCUGGGUCCCAAUCUAGGUCACAAAUCCCGAAGCCCUAAAUCACCAGCUGACAUCGACUGGCAGAAGUUGCAGAACCAGUUCUUCGAUGAUAAUAAAAAUAUGGACAAUGAACUCAGUACCCAAGUGAAAUCUCCGUGUUCUGAGCGAGGCGGCUGCCUGCCUCCUCCACCGUACGGAGCUUCGCCCCUUCACAGAUCUGCCUCAGUGCCUAUAGCGACCCAGUCGCCGUCUGGCGGUAUGAUGUCGUCGGAGGUGUCCCGCGCGGGCUCGGCGUUAUCAUCGCCCGCACACUGCAAGAAAAACGAUCCGCCCGAGAUAUUAGAGAAAUUGGAUGACGGAGUUUUCGUACGAACGCUCCAAUGCUUGGCUGCGCAGCAACAGAAGAACCAACAGGGUCAUAAGGAACCGAGUCUGAUGCCGGUGCCGUCACCACAACAGAUAUCGUAUCUCAACCAGUUCGAAGGUCAAGAGUUAACGAUACAAAAACAACCAAACACAUCACUCAAAGAUAACGGCCCGCCUUCUAACAGCGGGGGUCAAACGCCGCAGUCUAAUUCGAAUCAAAAGUCACCAGCUGGUAUGUUGCCCGGCACCCCUGAGGGUCAUUCGUCGCUUUCGGAACAACGCGCUGGGCGGUUCUCUAUGGAGCAGAGUCCUGGCUUCAACAAUCCCCAAACGCCAACCGGUCCCAAUAAAUGCGCACAGGAUGAAAAAUCCCGACCCAGUCCAUCAUCGAACAGGUCAAGUCAGGACAGUGCGUCCAAGACCCCUCAGAGGGAAGGUCGGGAGGGUCCGUCACUCAGUCAGGGACCUUACGCGCCCUCCUCCACCGCCAAGAGCAGCUGUAGUGUAGUAUCAGCCCCCUCCCACUCCGACGACACCAUGGCUUCCAACACUGAGACGACGUUAUCGGGCGGUCCGAACAGCACGAGCCUGCCGGGACCGUUCCCAGGUCCCUGUAGUAUGAACAGGCCUGAUAACAUUCCUAUCAACCCUAACCAGGGUCCAAAUGGCCCCAUGGGUACUUCUACGUCUUCCUUCGAUCCCAUAUCGUCGCUGGCUCAAAUGUCUCAGCAGCUGACCAACACUGUGGGCGGAGGGGGUCCGGGACCCAUGGGGCCUUCCCCCGGCAGUAUGGGUCCUUUCGGCUCUGGACCUCACCACAUGCAGCAUCACCACUCCAUGCACCCGCACUCACAUCCACACAUGAUGAUGAAUGAUUUAGGUUGCCACAUGGACAACAUGGGAGGGCCAAUGGAAGGUAUGAUGAGCGGAGGGGACUUCACUCCAGACAUGAAUCUAAGUCCGAAAAUGAGCGGCGGUCCCAUGGGAGGGCCAAUGGGUCCCAUGGGCCCCGACGCUUCCAUGAUGGGUCCCCGAAUGGGUGGUCCCGGCAAAAUGCCGCCUUUCAACGGCGCCAAUGUGCAAGUUAAAGCGAGCGCACCCAACACCAUACAGUAUUUACCGACGCGGCCACAGAUGGCGUGCAACCAGGGUCCACGGGGUCCACCCAGUCUGGACUUCCUACAGCGAGUCACGAAUCCUAUGCAGAUGGAGGGCGGUAAGGGCGUGCAGUACUUCCCCGACGGCGGGAUGAGGGGUGUGAUGCGCGCGCCUGGCAUGCUGCGGAUGCCGCAUUAUCCGGCCGGCUUCAAUUCACCGCCCAAAAUGGCCGGCGAACCUUUCCCGCCCAGCCCGAUGUGCGGGCCGGGUUUCCGCGGUGUGAAGGGCGGCGUACGGAUGGGGACCGCUCAACCUCUGCCCCCGUCCAUGGGCGGGCCGGGUCCAGCUUUCAAGGGCAACUUCCCGGUCCCGUCCACCGCUGACCCCAACUACGCGGCCCAGUUCCACAACUUCCAGCAGCAGCUGUACGCGACUGGGUCCCGCGGGGCCCAACCGCAUCCCGGCUACCCCCCCUACCAGCCGUCCAAGUGAUGACGCGACCCCGUAAUGAAAUCGAAGAUCCUACUAGUGACGUCACUCACGCCGUACACAGUCGUGGAACUCGUCGGCUCCGAUGUUCUAGGUCUCUUGACUGAAUCAGAAUUGGUUUAGGGAAUGUGGAUGUUUUUUUUGUACAAACUGUACAAAACUAGAUGUGUUAUCUCGUAGUCUACAUAAUUUAAAGUACAGCUAGGCAUAUUUCGCUGAUGGCAAUAACAUAGAUUUAUCUUUUUUUUUUAAUACGCCGGCACGCCAGAGUUUCAGUGUAUUGGUUCCUUUUACUUAGCUAUUUUUUUUUAUAUAUGAUUCCUAUGCACACAGAUAUCUAGUCAAUUUUGAAAUUAAUGUCCGAUCCUGUGUUAAAGUGUAUGUUGCAGUCGAGUCCAAAGUCCGGUCGCCUCCGACGACGCUGAAGUACAUUGUUUUAUGUAACCGUAUUAUUUUGUCCAAUUUAGAUUUAAAUAUAUAUUAGGGAAAAUGGUUUAACUUAAUUUUGGCUGACAGGCCAGUAUGGACCCUGGAGCAUUAUGGUACUUUAUUGUAAUAUUUUAUUGAUUUUGAUCUGAUAGCAAUGUUUUUCUGUCUUCCAUACCUUCAACUUAGUGUAAUAAUAAGGCUGAGAGGCGUCUCUUCAGAAACAUUACGAAAAAUCAUUAUAGAUCGAUCUUAGUCUUACUUUUUAAUGAACGUACUUAAAAUCUGAUGCCAUAUUAUUUGCCACCUGAAUUUAAUUUCGUGAUAUGUUUGAAAUUUCUUAUUUAAUUUAUUUUUUUUUAACAUUGAACAACGCCAGUAUGUUUUGGAAUGCUACAUUUUUAGUACAUAGACAUAACGCUAGGCUAGUUAGCACAUUGUGGACUACACAGUGGCCUUUUUAAUGCCUUUUAUACGAAGCAAUGAACCCCGGGUACACGCGUAUUGCCCAAGAAAAUAUAUCCUUAUGAGAUUAAAUGUCGGUGUAAGAUUUUUAUAUAACACGACACGUCGGUCGCCAGUCCGGAUGACGUGUCGCGCGAAUGUGUUUCUGUAGAUAUUCUAGAAAAAAAAUAUGCACAAUUACAUCGCUCGUCGACCGACUUGUCGUGCCGUCACCGCACACGACAUUACAACGGCGCGGCAAUCUUGUGAGAUACAACACACCAGUCCAGUUAAAACACCCGCUAGAAAUUAGAUAGAAUUAAAUUUAACUGUAAUUAUAAUGUUAAGGUAAAGAAUGGUUCUUGUUUUAGCGUAAGUGAAGAGUAAUGAUAUAAAAAUAGUUUGUGUAAUAUUAUUGUAAGAGAGGAAAUUAAGAUGCAAACUAUUGGUUGUGAUUCUGACACAAUUUGUUAAGUUGUUUGUAGAUUUGUCACAGUAUAUUGUGGGAAUUCAACUUACUUUAUGAUAAGGCCCUUUUUUAUUUUUUAUUAUUUUUGUUUUUUUGGACAUUUUUACUUGUCGUUCUCGUUUGUACAUCGCUAACAAUAAUUGUACAGAGUACUUUUGGACUUAAUUUAAGGCAAUAAAUGUAUUUAUUUUAUAACUCGUGAUGUAAGAAUUUAUUCUUAAUUAUUAUAAAAAAAUAUAUAAUAUGCUUGUAAA